AUGGAUGAUAUAUCACCAUUUGAUUAUCUUUCAUUUAUUUCUACAAUAAUUAUUUGUUUAACAUUUUCUAUUGUUUAUGUAUUGGGUUUGUAUGUUUUAUCUCCAUCAUCACGUCGAUAUGAACGUAAUCAUCCACAUGUGAUUAGUAGAAGAUUUUUUGCUGUAUUUAUUGUUUGUUCAUUAAUUUAUUUAUUUUUAAAACAUACAUGCAAUCCAAAUAUAAAUAUAAAUACAUGGUUAGGUUUUCGAACAAAUAUUUCAUCAAUAUGGAUAUUAUUUUUCUAUCCAACUAUAUUAACAUUACUGUUAUAUUUUGGUCCAAUUAUACAAUGGAUAGAUUUAUUUGAUUGGAAAUAUUAUAAAUAUAAUUGGAAAUAUUGUUUAGUAUAUCAUAAUACCAAUGACACACUUAUAUUUAUUCGAAAUUAUCUUGUUGCACCAUUUACAGAAGAAUUUGUCUUUCGUUCAUCAAUCUUAUGUUUACUUUAUUCCCAUGUAUCAUUAUUUUCAGCAAUAUUUCUUUCACCAUUAUUUUUUGGUCUUGCUCAUUUUCAUCAUAUGCUUGAACAUUUUAAACAAAAUCAUCAUGAAAAACAUCAUCGAUUAUCAGCAAUGACCAUUAUACUUAUUCAUCUUUUUCAAUUUUCUUAUACAUAUAUAUUUGGUGUUUAUUCAUCAUUUCUUUUUAUUCGUACAGGUCAUUUUAUACCAUCUUUUAUUAUACAUACAUUGUGUAAUAGUCUUGGUAUACCUGAUUUUAUGAAUCUAAUUGAUAUGAACGAUGGUCAAAGAAAACGAAAAUUAGUUUAUAUGAUUUGUUAUAUUAUUGGACUAUGGUUAUUUUCAACGAAUUUAUAUUCUCUUACUCAAUCAAAUUUUUAUUAUUCAAAUGAUAGUAGUAUUGUUAUCUAUCGGCAUUGGUCUAGUUAA